AAAUCGAACGACUCGAUCACCUCACAAAAGGUAAACACGAAACUAAGAGAGGGACAUUUCAUCAGCCUGUUUGUUGAAUAUUACUUUAAUGAAAGAAUAGUUUGGUUUUAUGCAUGGGUAAGAAGAGAUGCAAACGAUGGAACUCAUGUUUGAUGUGGUUUGCAGCCUCGCUCGGUGCGUUAUGCCUCACAGUUUCUCGGUCUCAAGCGACACCAAGCUGGGACGAGACGGAAGGAACAACAGUUAACUUCGACAAGAAGAAAACCGAGCCGAUACCUGUCAGUGACUUUGAUUCAGACAGAAGACUGAUUCUUGUGAGCACACUUGAUGGCAAGUUAUCUGCCCUUGACGUGAAGGAGGAAGGCAAGUUGUUAUGGAGUGUUGCAGCUGACUCGAGACCACUUCUGUCAUCAAGUAUCAGCAAACUGGAAAUAAUGCAUGAGGGAGUACCCACAAGGUACAUUCCAUCGUUGAACGGAGGUCUGUAUCGUUAUGAUGGGGAGAGCAUAGAGGCUGUACCGUUAUCUGCCGACACCUUGCUGAGCUCCACAUUCAAGCUUGCUGAUAAUACCAUGAUGAUAGGAGGCAAAGAUUUAGUCACAUAUGGCCUAGAUCCACACACAGGACAGGUAAGAUAUGCAUGUGGUGUAAAGGGAUGUCGGACAUUUGGUGAACAAGUUAUGAAUGAGGAAGAUUUGUUGGUUGUCAACAGACAAACACAAACUGUUAGGGCAGUCGAUUCUCGGUCAGGUUCAGAGAAGUGGAAUUUUAGUGUUGGGGAGCAUGAACUAACAUAUAUAAAAGGUCAAAAGCAGGUCAUCUCUAGUCACCAUGACAAUAUGGAAGACGAAGCUGAUAUAGUCACUUGUGAUUUAGAAGAUGAAGAGCCAGAUCCAAUAGAUGAUAUGGAGAAAUUUUCAAGCUCAGUAAAGAUAGUGGUUCCUGAGGGAAUGAUAGUAGGUGUGAGCCCUGACAACAUGCAGGCUGUCUCCUGGCAGUAUAAGUUUAAGAGUCCAGUAUCCAAUGUAUGGCUGUUGUUCAAGGGAGAGCUGCGGCAGGUAGAUAUGUUUGGUAACAACAAUAUUCCAGCCCUGUCGAGCUUUGAGCCUGGAGAACAACCCAUACAUCCACCACUUCUCUAUGUUGGUAUGCAUGAAAAGCAGUUGUAUGUUCAGCCAUCUGCACAGAUGCAGGAUCGCAUGUCUGAAGCUUCAGAGAAAUUCCAGCGUGAUCAACCUCCGGGUACCUGCCAGAGAGAUAGUAUCAAUAUACCUCGGGUUGCUUGGAAACCGUAUCUAAAUACAGCCCAGUGGCGCACACCAUCAAUGAACAAUGAACGACCACAGAUAACGGCUGAGCCUGGAUACACAGACAUGGAUCGGUGCCAGGAGGGAGACAAUGCUCUUGUAAUUUGGCAUGAAAACUACCCAUUUGAUAACGGAUUCUAUUUGUACCCUGAGUUUAUGCUACCGGUUCCCGUCACUGAGGAUGGUGAACUUCCAGACAACAUGUCAGAUGGGCACCAGCCGCACGAAUCUACCAUGUAUGAUGAUGUCCUUGCUGUGCCUGUAACUCUGUGGAACUGGUGGAAAGAAGUGAUAGCUAUCAGCAUAUUGACAUCAGUUAUUGUACAUGUUAUCCUAACAAGAGUUCGUAAAGCUCACGAGGUUCUGACUCAAAGCUUUAGUUCUAGUCAGCUGAGUCAUCAAGAUACCUCAGAGGUCAAGGACAAUGAUAGUGGGAAUGUCAGUAACCCACCAAGCAGACAGAACUCAGACGAGUAUACUUCAAGGUAUGCCUCAGACUUUGAUCACAUUGAAGUAUUAGGUAAAGGAGGAUUUGGCGUUGUGUUUGAAGCCACAAAUAAAGUUGACGAGUGUCAUUAUGCCAUUAAAAGAAUUGCUCUACCCAAUAGUGAUGGAGCUAAAGAAAAGGUUAUGAGAGAAGUGAAGGCUCUUGCCAAACUUGACCAUGUUGGAAUUGUAAGGUUUUAUCAUGCAUGGAUAGAGUCACCACCACCGGGCUGGCAGGAAGAACGGGAUCAGCAGUUAGAAUACAGUGAGGGUGUGACUUCGCCCUCUGCCAUUACUCAGUACACAAAAUCCCCAAGCUCUAUCCACAAAGUCUCUCCAUCAAAAUUAGACACAGGUGUGAAGUUGGAGAGAAAUGUGGCACAAAAUAAGAAUCCUAGUCCCUCAGACUUACUGAAAAACCCUUUUGGUAAUAAUUUGUUAGGUUUUAAUGAGCAUGAUAUAAAACGUGGCGGUAGUGAAGAGUUUUCUGUGCAUAAUAUCAGUGAGAGUCAGUGGGAGGUAGGAAACGGUGAAAGCUUGUCAUUCAGUAUUCAGCCAUCAUCAUUUGGGAAAGAAGACGACACUGAAAGUGGGUCAUUUAGCUGUGGAAUGGGGACUCCUAACUCUGCAGGAGUUCAUAUAGACCAGUCAGUUGAUAUAGAGUUUAAAUACAGCGCAGAUGAACUCAGUGGGACAAAUAACAAUUCCAAAAAUACCCAUGACAUUCCAUUAUUAUCUAACAGUUCUCAUAUAUGGGAAAAACCGAACCACAAUAUUCCGCUAGAAGACACAAACAGUUCCUUUCAGAUUGUAUUUGAGGACUCCGGUUGCGGUGAUAGAAGUUCUAAAGAUUCUGUGGAAGAUGUUUGUGUAGACAUUACAAAUCAGUCAGAAACGACAGAAAAUUCCCAUAUUAGUUGUGGCGAGGGGAAGUGUCAGCUGUCUUCAAGUGUUGGUAGUAAAUGUUUCUGUCCAAAAAAUCAAUCGAGAACACACUCAAGGACCAAUUCACGCUCGAUGUCAAAAGAAGUUGCUAAUUUUACAAUUGAAUCUGAAGUGAAACUGUCUUCUAAACAGGACACAAAAGACUCGAUAAAGAAGGACAAAUUACCUAAACUCAAGCUAUUCUUGUACAUCCAAAUGCAGCUAUGUAAACGAGAGACAUUGAAAGACUGGUUGGCCUCUAACACUUUGAACAGGGACAGGCACAUGGUGUUGGACAUGUUUGAUCAGAUAGUUUGUGCUAUAGAAUAUGUACAUGACUGUGGACUCAUGCAUAGAGAUUUAAAGCCCUCCAAUAUAUUUUUCUCUCUGGAUGGAGUUAUAAAGAUGGGAGACUUUGGUCUGGUAACGGCUCUACCAGAGGAACAAAAUGAUGCAUUCUACGGAGGAAACCCAUUCAGAAAACACACAGCCCAAGUGGGAACCCAGCUUUACAUGAGUCCUGAACAAACAAGUGGUAAGGUGUACUCUCAGAAGGUUGACAUCUACAGUCUGGGUGUGAUCCUGUUUGAGCUGUUGUACCCCUUUGCCACCCAAAUGGAACGGGUUAGCACCUUGCUGAAGGUGCGACAACAGAUAUUUCCAGAAAGGUUUUCCAGGGAGAUGCAGUAUGAGGCUGACUUUGUAAAAUGGUUGUUGUCUCCAAGACCUGAAGAUCGGCCAGCUGCAAAGGAAAUCUUGUCUAGUGAUCUUCUGAAAGACUUUGAGAAUCGUAGAAUGCCAAGAAGAUUCAGAACUAGAACAGUAUCACAGAACAGUAGUUAAAAUAUGUAACAUUGUGUGCAGCAGUGAUUUAGACAUAUGUUUUAAGUACUAACACUUUUUAUACUUUUGGUGAAGGAGUUUUAAGAACAAAUUAACUGGACGCUUGACAUUGUAAGAGCGUCAUUACUGUGCAUGUGUUUUACGGGAAAUUGAUUGUUAAACAAGAGAAAAUGGCAAGCGUGAAUUAUGUUUUAAACAGAUGGGCUUGUAUGAGAUUGUUUUAAAUGAAUAUUUCAUUACAUUAAUCUGAAUAUUUGACAGUGUAAUUUGUGUACAGAAAACGUCACUCUAGUUUUUGUAUACUGAACACAGACAUCUAAAGUUUUUAAGUCUGAUACAAGUCUUGAUAACAAAAUUUUGUACUCAGUUGAUUUGGAACUGAAAUGUACCCUUAUUAAUAUUCAGUUGGAAAACUGUGAUUGUUAUAGCAUUUGAUUUGGAAAUCACAUGUUUAUUUUCACAGGUUUCGUAUGUUAUAAUAAAUUUAUACUGUUUUGUUGUAUGUUAAGAUAUUAAGCUCAAAUGUGAGCAGAAGUUUGUUUUAAAUCAUGAAACUAGAGCCAAUUUUUGUCCUUACAGCUAAGGAAAUUUUACACAUAGUAGUAUGGUUAUUCUAAGUUGUGGAUCUUUGACCAAAGUUGGGCAUUGAAUGUGAUCUGUGUGUUUGUGUUUUGAAUUAAUAAGGAAAAAUUCUUCAAAAUCUUACAGCUUAGGGGUAGGAUAAUUAUGUUAUAUGAAGCAUCUGCCAAGUUCAAGUGAGGUACCUUGUAUAUUGGGUAUCUAAAUAGGUCCUUGUCUUCCACAGCCAUUCAGUUUUUAGCUUAUCUAAUUUUUUUUUAAAAAAGGUGAGUUAUUGUCAUCACUUGAUUGGCGUCAGUGUCGGCGUCGGCGUUGCUUGGUUAAAUUUUAUGUUUAGGUCAGCUUUUCUCUUAAACUAUAAAAGCUAUUGCUUUGAAACUUGCAACACUUGUUCACCAUCAUAAGCUGACCCUGUACAUCAAGAAACAUAACUCCAUCCUGCUUUUUGCAAGAUUUAUGGCCCCUUUUGUACUUAGAAAAUAUCGGAUUUAUUGGUUAAGUUUUAUGUUUAGGUAAACUUUUCUCCUAAACUAUCAAAGCUUUUGCUUUGAAACUUGCAACACUUGUCACCAUCAUAAGCUGACCCUGUACAUCAAGAAACAUAACUCCAUCCUGCUUUUUGGAAGAAUUAUUGCCCCUUUUGGACUUAGAAAAUCAGUUUUCGUGGUUAAGUUUUAUGUUUAGGUCAGCUUUUUUCCUAAACUAUCAAAGCUAUUGCUUUAAAACUUGCCACACUUGUUCACCAUCAUAAGCUGACCCUGUACAGCAAGAAACAUAACUCCAUCCUGCUUUUUAUGCCCCCGAAGGGAGGCAUAUUAGUUUUCAACUGUCCGUCUGUUCGUUCGUUUGUUAGUUAGUUCGUUGUUCACAACGUUAAGUUUUUGCAUGAAGGCUCUUUACUCACGAAACACUGCACCCAGGACCAUCAAACUUCACGUGCUGAUAGUACUUAUUGAGUACACCACCCCUACUGACUUUGGGGUCACCAGGUGAAAGGUCAAGGUCACAGGGACCAACGUUAACUUUUUGCAUGAAGGCACUUUACUCGCGAACCACUGCACCGAGGACCUUCAAUCUUCACCUGCUGAUAGUACUUAUUGAGUGCACCACCCCUACUGACUUUGGGGUCACCAGGUCAAAGGUCAAGGUCACAGGGGCCAACGUUAACUUUUUGCAUGAAGGCACUUUACUCGCGAACAACUGCACCCAGGACCUUUAAACUUCACUUGCUGUUAGUACUUAUUGUGUACACCACCCCUACUGACUUUGGGGUCACCAGGUCAAAGGUCAAGGUCACAGGGGCCAACGUUAACUUUUUGCAUGAAGGCACUUUACUCACGAACCACUGCACCCAGGACCUUCAAACUUCACAUGCUGAUAGUACUUAUUGAGUACACCACUCCUACUGACUUUGGGGUCACUAGGUCAAAGGUUAAGGUCACAGGGGCCAAUGUUAACUUUUUGCAUGAAGGCACUUUACUCGCGAACCACUUCACCCAGGACCUUCAAACUUCACAUGCUGAUAGUACUUAUUGAGUACACCACUCCUACUGACUUUGGGGUCACCAGGUGAAAGGUCAAGGUCACAGGGGCCAACGUUAACUUUUUGCAUGAAGGUACUUUACUCGCGAACCACUUCACCCAAGACCUUCAAACUUUACAUGCUGAUAGUACUUUAUGAGUACACCAACCCUACUGACUUUGGGGUCAAAGGUCAAGGUCACAGGGGCCAACGUUAACUUUUUGCAUGAAGGCACUUUACUUGCGAACCACUUCACCCAGGACCUUCAAACUUCACAUGCUGAUAGUACUUAUUGAGUACACCACCCCUACUGACUUUUGGGUCACCAGGUCAAAGGUCAAGGUGCUGCGAGAGCAUUUGUCACCAUUAGUGACAGCUCUUUUUGCAAUUUAUGGCCCCUUUUGGACUUAGAAAAUAUCUGAUUUCUUGGUUAAGUUUUAUGUUUAGGUCAACUUUUCUCUUAAACUAUCAAAGCUAUUGCUUUGAAACUUGCAACACUUGUUCACCAUCAUAAGCUGACCCUGUACAUCAAGAAACAUAACUCCAUCCUGCAUUUUUCAAGAAUUAUUGCCCCUUUUGGACUUAGAAAAUCAGUUUUCUUGGUUGAGUUAUAUGUUUAGGUCAACUUUUUCUCUUAAACUAUCAAAGUUAUUGCUUUGAAACUUGCAACACUUGUUCACCAUCUUAAGCUGACCCUGUACAUCAAGAAACAUAACUCCAUCCUGCAUUUUUCAAGAAUUAUUGCCCCUUUUGGACUUAGAAAAUCAGUUUUCUUGGUUGAGUAAUAUGUUUGUCAGCUUUUCUCAUAAACUAUCAAAGUUAUUGCUUUAAAGCUUGCAACACUUGUUCACCAUCAUAAGCUGACCAUGUACAGCAAGAAACGUAACUCUGUCCUGCUUUUUGCAAGACUUAUGGCCCCUUUUGGACUUAGAAAAUAUCAGAUUUAUUGGUUAAGUUUUAUGUUUAGGUCAGCUUCUCCUAAACUAUUCAAGCUAUUGCUUUGAAACUUGCAACAGUUGUUCACCAUCAUAAGCUGACUAUGUACAUCAAGAAACAUAACUCCAUCCUGCUUUUUGCAAGAAUUAUGGCCCUUUUUGGACUUAGAAAAUCAUGGGUAGGACAAUUUUUCUAUUAUACAAAAAAAAUCAGAUGUCAGCACCCGCAAGGCGGUGCUCUUGUUUUUAUAGUUGUCAGAUUUCAUCGGCGCAUUAAGUGAUUACUAUAUACAAGUUGGACUGUAUGUUUUUUUAAUAACAUUUUGUGGCGAGGUGGCAGAAUUUGCUUCGAAAUGGAAAUUAUCUCUUUUUCACAGUUUAUUUGUUAUCUGGGAAAAGUUCAUAGUUAUUAUGUGCAUAUUGUAUGAUAUUGUUUUAUUUAGUGGAAAUAAAUGUCAUUGCAUACCAUAUAACAUUAGCGGAUAUCAGUUUCCAUUUUUUUAAGUGGUCUUUGUUGAGAACAUUUCUGUAUCAGUUAGCACUUUAUUAUAUUAAUUGUAUAUCUAUUUCAACAUUUGGCAUAUCCAAUUUGCUGAAAUAUAUCAUUGUUAUCCAUUAUGAAUAAAAUUGUUAAGCAAUAAAAAGAUGAUCACAAAA